AGAAGAUUAACCAAACUAACCUCACUUUUUUAAUAACAAUGAAUUUGAACAAAAUUCUUUACAGAACUAUAACGACAAGCAAAUCAGCAAGCAAAAAGGUAACGACGAACGACUUAUCGUCGAAAAAACUUAAGCACAGCUCGCAACAAUGGUUAUCGAGGCAAAUGUCGGAUCCCUACGUGGACAAAGCAAAGAUGUUGCAUUACAGGUGCAGAAGUGCCUUUAAGUUGAUUGAAAUCGACGAUAAAUACAAGUUUCUAAAGCCUGGAGAUACUGUUGUCGAUUGUGGGGCCGCUCCUGGUUCGUGGACGCAGGUAGCAGUCAAUAAAGUCAACGCCGAUGCAGCUGAUUCGAAGCUGAAAGUUGGCAAGGUGUUUUCCAUCGAUAAACAGCAAAUAUUCCCCAUUAAUGGGGCCGCAAUAUUGGGAAACAUGGAUUUCACGCAAACUGCGUCGCAAGAAGAGUUAAGAAAAGCUUUGAACGGCUCCAAAAUAAACGCUGUAAUAUCGGAUAUGGCUCCCAGUGCCACUGGCAUUGGCCAAAUGGACAAAGAAAAUAUAAUUCACUUGUGUUAUUCAGUGUUGAGAUUUGCCGUUUUAUUGUCGGACAUUGAUGCUGCGGUUUUGGUGAAGUUGUGGCAAUGUGGGGAAACUAAAAAACUUGAGACUGAUAUUGGCAAGUUUUACAGGAAUGUUAAAAUUGUUAAACCUAACGCCAGCAGAGCCGAUAGUGCGGAGAUUUUUAUUUUGGGGAGGAAUUUUAAGGGACUCAAGGUUAGCUGA